AUGAACCUUAAGCGACUGAAUUCAUGGUUUGACACUGCAGCCACUCACUUGACCACUUCUCCUGAUGUAAGCGUUGCUCUGCCAUUUAAAGAACCGCCAAUUAACUUUGCUUCACCUCCUUUUCCAGGAACCAUUAGUCAGACGCAAUUAUCCGCACAGACAAUUCUAUUCAACACUGAGACAAUGCUUUAUAUGUUAGUACCAAUGGGUUUUGGAAUGGCCACAAAUGUUCGUGUUGGCCAGUACCUUGGUGCCGGCGUUGCCAUAGGUCCGAAAUCGGUUCUAUCCGUCGCAUUGGUAACGGCUUGGUUCCUAACCGCGAUGUUCGCCACGGGCGUGAUCUUACUGAGAUGGCAAAUACCAAAUGCUUUCACCUCAGACAGUGAGGUUUCCAAUUUGGUCGCCCAUUUGCUUCCCAUCAUCGCCGCCUUCCAAAUUUUUGAUGGAACAUCGGGUGUGUGCAGUGGAGCGAUUCGGGGAGCAGGUCUUUGGAUUGGUUUCACCGUUGGGACUGUUUCACAGGCGAUCGUUUACUGUGCUAUCUGUAGCUGCAUUGAUUGGAAGAAACAAGUGAAAUUGGCACGCGAGAGGACGCGAGAUGUUCGCUUGGCAAUUAAGGAUGAAACAACGGUAGAUGACUACAUUUCAGCGAACUCCAUGUCGGAUCACCAUGAUGAGAAUAUGUGCUCAACCAUCGGUUUGUCAAAUCAGUCGACCGAAAAAGAAACACUAUCGAAGAUCGUCAGAAAAUCACCAAUUCGAUUCCGGAUACUAUUUGGAUUCAUCCUGAUUGUCUUGUUAGUGACAAGUGUUUGCCUCCGACAAUUCCUCCCUUGGUCCGACUACUUCGGGUGCUAUUGUGUCUUCCCCAACGACACAUUUAUCCGCUUCCCCAGCCGUAUUUCUGUGCCAACAAACUGUUCCCUAGUCGUCCCAGGAACUUCACCUUGA